CUAUCCACUGGACUGGACUGGACUGGACUGGGUCUGUUUGGCUUUUUGCCCCAAGCUGAAUCUUUUAAGGAGGUUAAUAUGUUCUGGAUGUAAAAAUAUAUCUGACAGGAUAGACGAUUGUGAGAAGGAGACGGUUAACUGAUCGCUAAGUGGGUUUAGUAGAGAAACAGGAAGAGAAGAGGAAAGAGGACUGCAGAAGAAGACUGGAAGACUUCCGAAGUGGUCUAUUUAACAAUAACAUGGAGGCAACGAGUAUGUUGUUGUGAGCAGGAACAGAUGAACUGUGUGUUUUGAUGGGAGAGUCAUGACGUUACAUAGAAAGAACUACCAGGCUGAAUUGUAGAUCUCGUGAGGAGACGACACGCUCAGUGGCUGGACGCCUCACCACCACCCCAACUCAUCCACUAUGGCCGAUGUGUUUCCACUCUCAGUCUCAGACACGUCCUCGGACAUUCUGAUCCCCUACACCUGGACCAAAUCACCUCAACGUGGCGGUCCAUAACGGCGUAGCCAUGGCUACCUGCGAGGUGGACAGCGGGUGCGAGCCACGGCGCUCCAGUGACGUCACGCUGCAGCCGCCAGUCCUUUCUGUUCACAUCAGUCCCGCCAUUUCCCCGAGCCUGCGGAGGAAACGCCUGAUGUGGCAGAGCGCCAUGCGGCACGUCAUCGACCGGCACGACCUCUACCCUCCAACCUCUGACCUUGAGAGAGGUGAAGGGGGAGGAGGGACCCGGCUAGUGCUCACAGACGCUUACAUCAACGACAUCAACAGGCAGAUCCGCAACAAGGCGUCUCGGGGUGGAGCAGGUCAUAAGCGACGUUCGUCUGCAGCUCGUAUCCACCCAGCCAAUCAGGUCCGAAUGUCCACGGUGACCCAGAAGAGCAGCGACUCCCUCAGUGAUGCUGACUACUUUGUCUCCUGGGGGUCUACAGUCAGAGGGGUCUUCCUGCCUGCCCUUCAUCACACCUUCAAGUCUCCCGACCUGGAGAAGUUGUACCAGCAGCAUGCAUCAAGCCAGAGGAUAACCUCUCUGGUUUUCACUAAUGUUAUCGACAUCAUCACCAAACUACACAUCCUGGGUCUGACCCUAUGGGUGGGGCCUCAGAGCCUGGACACAGCCAAUGGUUGGCUGGUCGGCCUGUUCAUCGCUCUGGGGGCUGGACUCUGCGUGCUGGUGCUCUGUUCUAAGGGAAUGAUGUCAUCGCCAGAGUGGUUAAGGUACAUGGCUCUAGCCAGCUGGUUGUCCCAGACAGUGCAGGUGUUGGGUGGUGUUGUGGGUGGUUUGGAGAAGGACCAGGCCUGGUACGUCCUCUUCACGCUAUUCUCCACCUACACCCUCCUGCCCCUCCCCUUGCUCUGGUCCCUCUCCACCGGCCUGCUCACCGCCACGCUGCACCUCCUGGUGGAAACUGUUCACCACUAUGACGACACCGCGCUCUACAGAAAGGUUCUGGCGAAGGGCUUGUUGUACCUGGGUAUGAACACAGCAGGGUUGUUCAUCCACUACCUGUCAGACCACACACAGAGACAGGCCUUCCUGGAGACACGACGCUGCAUUGAGGGACGAGUACGCCUGGAGAGGGAGAACCAGAGACAGGAGCGCUUGGUGAACUCCAUCAUUCCGCGGUUCGUUGCCUUGGAGAUGAUCGCUGACAUGUCCAACAUGGAUGAUGACCUGAUGUCACAGCAGUUCCACAAGAUUUAUAUUCACCAGUACAAAAACGUCAGUAUUCUGUUUGCUGAUAUAAAAGGCUUCACGUCUCUGUCCAUGGUCCUGUCGGCUCAGGAAUUGGUACGGACUCUCAAUGAGCUGUUUGGACGCUUCGACCGCCUGGCUGAGGAGCACCACUGCAUGCGUAUCAAGAUCCUUGGGGACUGUUACUACUGUGUGUCAGGAGUGCCAGAGCCAGAGACAGCUCACGCUCGCUGCUGUGUGGAGAUGGGCCUCUCCAUGAUCAGCACUAUAAAGUACGUGCGAAGGGAGCUGAAACAUGAGGUGGACAUGCGUAUCGGCGUCCACUCUGGCUCAGUACUGUGUGGAGUGCUGGGGCUGCAGAAGUGGCAGUUUGAUGUGUGGUCCUGGGAUGUGGACAUCGCUAACAUGCUGGAGGUAGGAGGGGUGCCGGGCCGUAUCCACAUCUCCCGGGCAACGCUGGACUGUCUGGGCGGGGUCUACGAGACGGAAGAGGGGCGUGGCCACGAGAGGAACGAGUUUCUACGGAAACACAAAAUCGACACAUUCCUGAUUCGCCACACGCCCAUGGAGGAGGCUCCUGCCAAGAAGGCUUGUCGGCCCAGUCGAGAUGACACCCUUGAUGCUGGCUGGAGUACUGAGCUGCCGUUUGGAAACAUAAUCGGAAUGAACUGUAUCCUGGCGACCUUCAGCAACGGCUCUCUGGCCCAGUUACCUAACCAGCUGGCGGCUCAGCGGACGGGGACUCGUGAAGUCAACAAGAGGAUCCGCCGGGCCAUCGAGGUCCGAAGCAGCGAACGCAUGAGACAGGAACACAUCACCACCUUCACACAGGAGUUCAAGGACACACACAUUGAGGGCAAGUUUUCCCAGAUGCGUGAUGAGAUGUUCAAGUCAAACCUGGUCUGCUCCUUCAUCAUGCUCCUCUGCCUCAUGGGUGCACAGACCCUCAUCCCUGCCGCAAGACUAUGUCCUAUGCUGGUUCAGUUUGGAGUGUGUGUGUGUGUGUAUGUGUUGCUGCUGGUGGUGGUCCUAGCUGAAGAGUUUAAACAGAGCCCUCUAGCGCUGCAGUUCCUGUGUUGCUGGAUCAACGAAACCAAGACUGUCAGAACACUACUCACGCUCACCGCUAUUAUCAUCAACUUUGGAGUGGCCUCAUCUGAUAUACUGUGGUGUGUAGAGUCUGAGAUGGACCCUAACAACAGAAGCAGCUCCCAGCAGCACACUUGGUCCUGGCCUGUCAACAUCUGUACACACCCUGAGUUCCUGGUUUUCAGUGGGGUGGUUGCCAUGGUGUCGUGUGCUGUGUUCUUCAGGCUGCACUGUCUACUGAAGCUAGCUGUGUUACUUCUGGCCAUAUCUGUCUACACGUACCUCAUAGAAGUCAGUUACCACACACUGUUUAUACGCCAGACCUCUGAAAACACCAGGCAACAGUACCUGAGGAGGAAGGAUGUGUGUGUCCUGCUCAUGGUCAUGUUUGUGGUGGCUGUAAUUUACAACAGUAGACAGUUGGAGGCGACGGCGAGGCUGGACUUCCUGUGGCGUCUGCAGGCCAGACAGGAAGUGGAGGACAUGAAGGAGCUGAGGGAACAUAAUGAGUGUUUACUCUUCAACAUUCUGCCUUCACACGUCGCACAGCACUUCCUAGAGAGAGACCGCCACAAUGAGGAUCUGUACUCCCAGUCCUAUGAGCGUGUGGGGGUGUUGUUUGCGUCCAUCCCGGGGUUUACAGACUACUAUGAACAGAAAGAGUUGAUCCAUCAGGAUGUGGAGUGUCUACGGCUUCUCAAUGAGAUCAUAGCUGACUUCGACGAGUUAUUAGAUGAGACAUAUUUCCAGGACAUUGAGAAAAUCAAAACCAUUGGCAGCUGUUACAUGGCUGCUUCUGGCCUCUCCCCUGAUCAACAGGAGUGUGGUGAUGAGUGGCGUCACCUCAGUGAGCUGAUGCUGUUUGCCCAGGAAAUGCAGGAGACGCUCAAACGGAUCAACACACACUCUGGAAACAGCUUUCAGCUCCGUGUUGGCGUAGCCCACGGUCCAGUGGUGGCUGGGGUGAUAGGAGCCACUAAACCUCAGUAUGACAUCUGGGGGAUGACCGUCAACCUGGCCAGCCGUAUGGACAGCACCGGGGUCAGUGGUCGUAUACAGGUCCCAGAGAGUACCAGUCAGGUCCUGGCGGAGCGCGGCUUCGUUCGCGAGCUGAGGGGGGCGAUCUACGUGAAAGGUGUGAGCGAGCGGCAGGGGAACGUCAAGACGUACUUCGUGAGGAGCCGCGAGUCGUGUUCCAGCUACAUGGAGCGCAGUGUGACCCGCGGGGGUUUGGGCCUGGGAAGGAACACUCUGUCCGCUCUGGUCUUUAGCCUGGUCCAGACCAGGAAGAGAGAGACACAACGGGAGGCUAACGGAGGGUUCCACCUGCUGGAGGUCUCAUAGGCAUUGGGCUGUAUAUCAUAUAGGGAAAGAAAGGGAGAGAAUUCAGGUUAUCCUCUCCUCGUUCGUUGGAUCAAAACCACGUUCUAUGGUGGAUUACCUCAAAUGGAGAACGGGGGGGGGGGUGUACAGGCUACAAGAGAGACACUAGAGGAAGGGAACGGAAGCUCCUCUUCUGCAGAGUACUUUAUAGCAGUGGCUCCCAAACUUUCUAGGUUACAGUACUGACCAACUGUAUUCUGCUCUGCCCGAAGUACCCUUAUAGUACAUCAUAGAUCUUCUCAAAUACCCCCUGUGGAUUGGCCAACUUCCCCCUGGUUGGGAAUCACAUGGACGACAGCACAGAGCAGAAAACUGACCAGUUGACAGUUGGAUAUCCUGACACCAACAGAAAUACAGUGGAUUGUAUACUGCUGUCUGACACCAACAGAAAUACAGUGGAUUGUAUACUGCUGUCUGACACCAAUAGAAAUACAGUGGAUUGUAUACUGCUGUCUGACACCAACAGAAAUAGUGGGUUAUACACUGCUGUCUGACACCAACAGAAAUAGUGAAUUAUAUACUGCUGUCUGACACCAACAGAAAUAGUGAAUUAUAUACUGCUGUCUGACACCAACAGAAAUACAGUGGGUUAUACACUGCUGUCUGACACCAACAGAAAUAGUGAAUUAUAUACUGCUGUCUGACACCAACAGAAAUACAGUGGGUUAUACACUGCUGUCUGACACCAACAGAAAUAGUGAAUUAUAUACUGCUGUCUGACACCAACAGAAAUACAGUGGGUUAUACACUGCUGUCUGACACCAACAGAAAUAGUGAAUUAUAUACUGCUGUCUGACACCAACAGAAAUACAGUGGGUUAUACACUGCUGUCUGACACCAACAGAAAUAGUGAAUUAUAUACUGCUGUCUGACACCAACAGAAAUAGUGAAUUAUAUACUGCUGUCUGACACCAACAGAAAUAGUGGAUUAUAUACUGCUGUCUGACACCAACAGAAAUAGUGGAUUAUAUACUGCUGUCUGACACCAACAGAAAUAGUGGAUUAUAUACUGCUGUCUGACACCAACAGAAAUACAGUGGAUUAUAUAAUGCUGUCUGACACCAACAGAAAUACAGUGGAUUAUAUACUGCUGUCUGACACCAACAGAAAUAGUGGAUUAUAUACUGCUGUCUGACACCAACAGAAAUAGUGGAUUAUAUACUGCUGUCUGACACCAACAGAAAUAGUGGAUUAUAUACUGCUGUCUGACACCAAUAGAAAUGCAGUGGAUUAUAUAUUUAGUGUACAAAACAUUAAGAACACAUGCUCUUUCCAUGACAGACCUACCAGGUGACUCUUUAUUGAUGUCUCCUGAUAAAUCCACAGACAGGUUAAAGACGAAUUUUAAGCCAUGAGACAAUUGAGACAUGGAUUGUGUAUGUGUGUCAUUCAGAGGAUGAAUGGACAAGACAAAAGAUUUAAGUGCCUUUGAACUGGGGUAUGGUAGUAGGUACCAGG